UCUGUUUCUGAAAAUUCACUUGUUAUAGUAACUUCAAGUUUUGGUACAUCUAGUUUAUCUCUCUCUCUUUCUCUCAGUAUAGCCUAUAGUUAUUAAAAAGUUUCUAGCUGUCCUUAUAUCAGAUUUAUAUCCUGUCUUUCCCCUUUGUUUAGGGAAUCAUAUUGUUCUAGAUGGAAUUAUAUAGUUGCCAUAUCAGGAUAGAUGACUUUGUACUGAUGCUGCUUUCUGCCCAAGUAAGGAGGCAAAGUGCCUACUCGAUGGCCAUCCUGUGAGUGGGUUCGGCAGGGAUGGAGCGUACAUUUUUGUCUGUCAAAGAUACUCUCUGAGCAUCUGUGCUCCUCAGGAAUGUAGCUUGCACUGGACAAACAGCCUAGCUGAAUCACCCCAUGGAAAACAGCUCUUCUCCCGCUAGAAAUUGGUCUGAGUGGCCACCCUAUUCCUUCCAGGCUCUGGAACAACUUCUGUUGUUUUCCAUCCCUUGACAGAUUUAUCUUUGCUUUGGUGACAGAUUUAUCUUUGCAUUUGCCUUGUCUCAAAACCAGUCUUGUUCCCUUAUCCAUGGGAACACAAAGGAUUGAUCUUUCCUCUUGACAUGGGGUGAUAACAAUGAGUAAUGGAAGAGAGAGGUGAAAGUAUCUCAACUGCACAAACCCUAACCUGUGGCUGGAGGUGCAGGCAUCCUGCUGGUACUCAAGGACAGAUUUAACAGCACAGGCGAGAUGCAGACAGCCAAGAAAUCCAGGAGAGGAAGAAGUGAGUGAAAGGAGGAAGAAUUGCUGAAGGACACCCAGGAGCCCAUGGAGGGAAGCUCUGAUCUGUGUCUGAGAAGUGAAAGGAAGAGAGAAGUGCCAGCCAUGUGGGCUUUUCUCAUAAUUAUCUUCUCAUCUCUGGAGCUAACGCAGAUUGGAGCUUUCAUUUCAUCAUGCGAAAUCAAAAAAAUCAUGAGGAUGGAAGAAGAGCUCUGCGCCUCGGCACUUGCCCAGGAAGAAGCAAACAGAACAGCUGGGAAUGAAUUGCUUAGGAGUUCAGGCAGAUGCCUUGGCAUGUGGGAUAAUCUAACCUGCUGGCUGUCUUCUCCCAUUGGACAAACUGUUAGUGUACCCUGUCCCCAAGCCUUUCAGAUAGUCACGGGACAAACAGGGUUUAUAUAUCGUAAUUGUACCAGGGAAGGCUGGUCAGAAAAAUAUCCAAAACCAUAUAUUGCUUGUGGCUUAAAUGCAGAACAACUUAAUGCCCCUAUAACUAAGUGGGAAUCUAAGGUAUCUUAUCUGAUGAAAUUGGAGACAGUUUAUACUGUGGGAAGCAGCAUCUCCCUCACAGCUCUGGCUGCAGCCUUGGGCAUUUUAGCUUCUUUUCGGAGACUUCACUGUACAAGGAAUUACAUCCAUAUACAGCUUUUUGUUUCAUUCAUCUUGCGGGUGAUUGCAAACUUUAUCAAGGAUCCUAUACUGUCAGAGGACACCGAUGAUACUGUCUACUGUGAAUUACACACAGGCAGGUGCAAGAUGAUCAUAGCCUUUGUUAACUUCUGCAUCAUGGCAAAUUACAGUUGGCUUCUUGUAGAAGGGCUUUAUCUCCAUAGCCUGCUGGCCAUUUCUUUCUUCUCCAACAGAAAGUUCUUCUGGUGGUUUGUGGGUCUGGGAUGGGGUGCUCCUAAAUUAUUUGUAAUUGCAUGGGUCAUAGGCAGACUUUUACAUGAGAAUGCUGGAUGCUGGGAUAUGCAUCUUACACAUGUCCUGUGGCUCAUUCAAGGCCCUGUGGUGGCUUCUAUUGUUAUCAAUUUUAUUCUCUUUGUUAAUAUUGUAAGGAUUCUGAUGAACAAACUUCGAUGGCCAGAUGGAAGAGGCAAGGACUCCAGUCAAUACAAGAGGCUUGUUAAAUCAACACUGGUGCUCAUCCCUCUCUUUGGAGUCCAUUACAUUAUCUUUGCUUUUUUCCCUUUUGACACCACAAAUGGCAUCAUGGAAGUCCAGGCUCUGUUUGAAAAAGCCCUAGGAUCUUUCCAGGGUCUGGCUGUGGCUGUGCUUUACUGUUUUCUUAAUGGAGAGGUCCAGCAGGAGCUUCACAGAAAGUGGUGGCAGUGGCACUUAAGGAAGCAUCUCGGUUCCCACAAGCAUCACAGCUCUUUGUUUCCAAAUGAAGUAAGUGGGCUCACUCAAGUCUUGCAGCUGGCAAAGCCUGGUCCUCAGGAGGAAAGACGACCUUCUUAACCAAUUCUGAGUAAAAUGUGAAGGCUUCCAGUGCAGACAAGAAUAUGCUAAUUACUCAGAGGAAAUUAGAAACUUUCAUUCACCUAAUCAGGCAUUGUGGUUCAGGACUUAAAAGCUAGUUGUUAAUUCUACCUACAGCCUGACUUAGGCUAUGGACCGAACCUUGCUAUCACAUGGAUUAUUUUGCAAAGAUGAUGUGU